AGCUCGACGACGCAUACAAGGCGUUGGUAGACAUUAGCAGCCGACGGGAUUACGAUAGUCUGUAUUACAAAACUAUACGACAAGCUCGAGCUCACUUGCCUAAAAUGAAUGCGGAAUCUCUUCUGCAGAGCUUGAUCAACGAUGCCUCGCGCAACUCACCGCCUCAAGGUGCCCAGGACAAUCAAGACAAUGUCCAGGAUCACAUGAAAAGGGCGAGAGACGAGGAAGUGCGUCAACAAGAACAAGAGAAGAGAGAACAGCAACGUAGAGCGAAAGAGAAGGAGAGGCAAGAAGAAGUACGAAGAGAACAACAACGUAAGGCGAAAGAAGAGAGGGAGAGGAAAGCAGCUGCAGCACGUGCUGAAGAAGCGAGAGCAAAAGCACAGGAAGCCCACGAGGCUAAGCUGAGGCAAGGAUGGACUAGGAUGUCGCAACGAUUCGAUAAAGACGCAUCCAAUCUUUGGGCAAAGAUAGACGCGCUCGACGAAAUCCUUAACGACUUAGACAAAGCAGAUAAAGUCAACGAGCAUCGCAGAGGCAUCUGCCAUGAUAGUUCAGGGAUUUUUGGAAUGAGCAAACCAAUACCGGGCUGUCCAGGCAUAUCAAUUGAACAAGAGUACAGUGAAAGAACCCUUCUCAGGAAAGCCGUCAUUAAGCAAUCCGACACAUAUUGGACAGAACUAGCCGCACUGGAGGCUAGAAGGGAAUCAGCGUGGCAUAGGAUGGACCUACUACAGACGGGGUGGGAUCCUUUGUCAGCCACACGUGCGAGCUAUUACCGGGAUAAAGCAGAACGGGAUCGGAGGAUGCGAGACCGCAAAGCUGCAAUGCGGGAGAAAGAGGAAGCCAGAGAGUUGGAAAGAACAGCAAAUAUCGCGACGGUCAAUAAUCGGAAUAACACUGGCCAUACCUGCAGCAUACCCAGCGUCUUUGGUUCAACUCCUGUUUCAGCUUUUAGUACUUUUGGUACAGCCUCUCAAAACAGUGCUUCUACUUCAAGCCCAGGCUCUGGUCUUUUUGGUACAGCUCCAGCGCCAGCUUUUAGUACGUUUGGUGCCGCCACUCAAGCAAAUACCUCAGGCUCGGGCACAGGCUUUGGCCUCUUUGGAGGAACUCCAGCUCCAGAGCGAGCUCCAGGUAGCGCCAUUUUUGGUACACCCCUUAAAAGCAGCAACUUCGCUUCGAAACCACGCUCUCAUACUUUUAGUUCAACUCCAGCUUCAGCUUUUAGCUUCAAUGCAGCUAAAAGCAGUACUUCCACUUCCAAUCCAGCUCAUGGUCUCUUUGGCUCAGCUACAGCUCCAUCUCAAGGUUCUAAUGCGUCUGGUACAACUUCUACAAGCCGCACUUCCACCACCACUUCAAAACCAGCCCCUGGCAUCUUUGGUUCAACUUCAGCGUCUAGUUCAUUCGGCACACCGUCUCAACGCAGUACCUCCACCUCAAAUCCAGCCUCUAUUUUCUCUGGUAGAGGAUUCAGCUUCUCUGAUCCUCAAGCCGCGAGCACCCACAGUCCAACCCCGAGUAUUAUCAACAGGCCGUCACCAGGCAACCUCUUCGAUUCGAACUCGAGUGCCCCUAGGUGUGCCCCUAGGUCCAGUGGGUCCAGUUCAACCCACAAGCCUACCUUUGGUUCAGAAGCUAGUACCUCCAAUAAAUCCCCUCAACCUACCAUCUUCGGUUCAAUCCCUGGUUCCUUUGCUUACCGUGAGCGGGCCAAUACAUUCGAUCAAACCACACACUCCAAUGACUUCAGUUCAAGUUCCAGACCCUUCCGCUCAGGUUCUGAGACAAUCUUUCGUCAAGCAAGACAAACAAAUAACUUCUGGCCAGACUCGGACUCAGAUUAAGCGACAUACUCCAAUUGCAAUACUUUGUCUUCUGGAGAACGAGAUUCAAAGUUAUGGGCAUCAACACGGAAUUCACUUACGAGUUUGGGCAUUUGAGGAUAUUCGAUCUAGGGAGACGAUACA